ACCCAUUACGUCAUAUUUUGCGACAAUUUGUCGGCGCUCAGGGCAAAAUCAAAACAUAAACGCAAAGAAUUUUCUGUCUGAGAUGUCGUCUGGAGCAGAUGAAUCUCCAUCAUUGGAAUCAUCAUGUGGACUAAAGCCAGUUAGGAGGUCUCCUCGUCUGUCCCCACAGGGAGAUGCAGUUCAAGGAAAUGAGAAAAAGAAGAAAGGUAGCGCCCUGCAGGAGGCAAAGAGGAAAGGGAAAAUGUCAAGGAGCCGAGAAGAGCGAGACAAGGAUCUGCAGGUCCAACUGCAGCGGCUGGACCUGUCCAGCAGGUCGCCUGCCAGCAGGACGGGUUUGGUCUAUUCAGAGACCUUCACUCGUCAUCACAACCUGUGGGACUCCAACCAUGCAGAAAGUCCUGCCAGAGUGACGUCCAUCAUGGAGGAGCUGGACAGACAAGAGCUGUCGUCUCGCUGUGUUCAAGUCCAGCCCAGAGCAGCCACUGAUGAAGAACUGCUUCUCGUCCACACGAAGCAAUACAUCGAGCUGAUUAAGUCCACCCAGAUGAUGUCUGAGAUAGAAUUGCGUCAACUUUCUGACAAAUAUGAUUCCGUUUAUAUCCAUCCUGAGACCUUCCAGGUGUCCAUAUUGGGGGUGGGAUCAGUGCUCCAGCUGGUAGACCAGGUUUUGACGUCUGAAUUGAGGAACGGCUUUGCUGUCAUCCGGCCUCCAGGACAUCACGCUCAGUCAAACAAGGCCAACGGUUUUUGUAUUUUCAACAACGUGGCCAUUGCAGCUCGCUACGCUCAGAACAAACACAAAGUCAAAAGGGUGUUGAUCGUGGACUGGGACGUUCAUCAUGGUCAAGGUAUCCAGUACGUUUUCCAGGAAGACCCCAGCGUGUUGUACAUGAGCGUGCACAGGUUUGAGCAGGGUGCUUUCUGGCCUCACCUGCCAGAAUCUGCCAACACCUUUUUGGGCAGCGCCCCCGCCGAAGGACGAAACAUCAAUCUGGCCUGGGCCACGGCAGGGAAAAGCGACGCAGACUAUGUGUGUGCUUUCCAGCAACUGCUGCUUCCUAUCGCCUAUGAAUUUCAGCCGGAGCUGGUUCUGGUCUCUGCUGGUUUUGAUGCUGCACUCGGGGAUCCCAAGGGUCAGAUGUGCGUAAGUCCUGAGUGUUUCCAGACACUGACACACAUGCUAAUGUCUUUGGCAGAAGGUCAACUCGUUAUGGCUCUUGAGGGAGGUUACAACCUGCAGGCGACAGCAAAGGGUGCUACCGCUUGUGUUCGCGCUUUGCUGGGUGGAGCCUGUGCACCAAUGGCUUCAUCCACUGCACCCUCUGACUGUGCCAUGAAGUCCAUCUCUGAGACCAUCUCGGCUCUGUAUCCAUAUUGGACCUCACUUCAAGUGCUGGAGGGUGAUCAUCUUGCUGAAGGAGAUGUCCUCAGAUUAACAGGCAAUGAGGAGAGGCCACAAGGUCCCCUUGUCACGACAACAGGCCUGGUGUAUGACGAAAGAAUGAUGGAGCACCUGAACCUGUGGGACAGGCAUCAUCCUGAACAGCCACAAAGAAUCUUCAAGAUCUUCUCUCGACAUGAGCAGCUUGGACUGGUUGAACGUUGCCAACGCAUCCCAGCUCGUUUCGCCACCGAGGACGAGCUUGCCAUGUGUCACACCGCUGACCACAUCAAGCUGAUGAAGUCUACCACUACGAUGAAGAGCAGAGAUCUCUACAAACUGGGAGAAGAGUUCAACUCCAUCUUCAUCAACAAUCAGAGUUUCCAGUCAGCCCUGCUGGCUGUUGGAAGCUGCUUCAACGCUGUGGACCACAUCAUGAGUGGACAGGUCAGAAGCGGCGUGGCUAUCGUGCGUCCCCCUGGUCACCAUGCUGAGAGAGAGACAGCAUGCGGUUUUUGCUUCUUCAACACGGCGGCACUCGCCGCUCGCUACGCACAGAAGACUUGCCAGCAUGCAUCUGCACGAGUUUUAAUCCUGGACUGGGACGUUCACCACGGCAAUGGCACGCAGCACAUGUUUGAAGACGACGAUAGCGUCCUCUACAUCUCCCUUCAUCGCUAUGACGACGGGAGCUUCUUUCCGUCCUCAGAAGACGCCGCCUCGGACCGGGUGGGAGUGGCCAAAGGGACGGGGUUUAAUGUCAACGUGGCGUGGAGCAACGGCAGGAUGGGAGACGCCGAUUAUCUCGCCGCUUUCCACCAUGUUGUCAUGCCGAUUGCCACCGAGUUCAAUCCAAGUCUCGUUUUGGUGUCGGCGGGAUUCGACGCGGCGCGGGGAGACCCUCUGGGCGGAUACCGUGUGACUCCGGAGUGCUAUGCCCACCUCACUCACAUGCUGAUGUCGUUGGCUUGUGGGCGAGUCUUACUCAUACUGGAAGGUGGAUACAACUUGACGUCCAUCUCUGAUUCGAUGGCCAUGUGCACGAGCGUGUUACUCGGCGACCCUCCUCCUUCUUUGGAGACGCCCCUCCCUCCAGCUCACCGCUCCGCCGUGGCAGCCAUUAAUGAAGUCAUCCGACACCACGCCCCCUACUGGAAGUCGCUGAGGAUAAACAUCCCAGAAUCCCUGCGAGCAGCUAUAUCGUCCCCAAGCGCUCAUCAAAGGCGCAGUGGAAAAGUGAAAGGCAGGAGGUCAAGACAGAGUGGUCCAGACAAGCCACCACUGCCCCCUGUGGGAUUGGAGGGCACAGCAGCCAACCACAGUUUGGACCAGCUCACACUAGGAUUGGCGAGCUUGGACAUCAGACAUAGCACGCCGCACCCAUCUGACAUGGGAGCGGAGUCAAGUGAAAAGACAUCUGAGAAGAACCAAUCCAUGGCGGAGUCAGAUGAAGUUUCACCUAAGCAGAGCCAAUCACCAGAGAGCUCGCAGACUCCCAUCGUGGUCGUCGCCGCACCAGCAGAUGAUGACCGUGGAGAAGGGGCAGAGCCUGAGCCGCAGGGAGCAUGCGGUUGGUCCAAACCUCAAAGUACUCUGGAGCUGAUGAGUGGAGUUCAGAUGGCUUCCAUGUAUGUGGUGGACCCUCUUUCCUGGUGUCCUCACCUGGACGCCGUCAAGCCCCUGCCCCCAUCUGGUAUCGAUGUCUUCCUGCCCUGUCAGGACUGCGCCUCGGAGGCAGAGAACUGGAUUUGCCUCACUUGCUACAAGGUGGCAUGCGGCCGUUACGUCAACGAGCACAUGUUGACGCACGGCGCGAUGUCCAAUCAUCCCGUGGUGCUGAGCUUCUGCGACCUCUCCGUGUGGUGCUACGCGUGCGAGGCCUACGUGCACAACCAGGCCGUGUUUGAGGCGAAGAACGCCGCCCACAGCUCCAAGUUUGGAGAGGAGAUCUUGUCAAGGAGUUAGGAGAACGAGGACGCAAAAGAGAUGAUAAUGAAGGGUGCUCUGACUUUUUAUACAUUUUGUCAUUAUUACAGUGAACCCCAGCCAAUUGUUUUGUGUUGUUCUACUCCUCCCACAUACUUAAAACACAUUUAAACUUUUUAAAACUUAAAAUUAUUAUCACGCCUGUACUCACUUGCCAGCUGUCAAGAGGCAACGAACCCUCCGCCGACCCUCUGGUUUCUGAACGACCCGCUCUACAUUGCCUGAGCCACAUCUCGUUCCCAUUUUCCGUUUGCUGCAAAAUGAAAUGAAGCGAUAUAUAUUUAAAGUGUUCAACAAAACCAUAAAAAAAAAAAAGGUGGACGUUAGCCAGCCUGAAAUACUGACGGAAGCUCACUGUCAGACCGACGAUGCCCUCCACUCUUUAUAACCUUUAAAACAUCCGCUGCUUAAACAAACGUGGAGCAGUAGCACAUACAGUAUAAACAAACAUACAACGGUGCUCAAAGUCAUUCCUUCAUUCUACUCCGUGGAAAUUGGAAUUAUCACUGCAUUUUAGUCGGGGAGUUUCCUUUCCUCUACUUGAACUUUGGUACAACACUGAAAGUGUGGAAAUCAACAUUUGGACUGGCUAAUAUAUAAUUCUAUAGUAAAGAUUUUUUAAAAGUCUGCAGUAUAUUGAGGUCGCCAAGAUGAACUGCAAUAUUGGAGGGGUUCACUGUCACUUUGCCUUUUAGCCAGUGAGAAUUGUUGACAUUAAUAUGUUGAAGUUGCAGUGGCAACACUGUUGCGCAAUAAUGUUUGUUUACAAACUAUCAACAACAACAAAAAGCUUUUGUAUGUUUUUAAGAGAUUCACGUGGGACGAUAAUUACUCAAAUUAGUCAUUGUUCACGGAGGGCAUCCAUCCAUUGUCAGUCAAAGUUGAGCAAAUGGGGAAAAACAAUAGACAGGUCGCCAAACAAGCCAUGGUACAUAUAGGUAAACAAUAGACUGGUUACAAUGAAAUGCUCAUACUCGGUUAUAAUUAUGAGAGAAAUGUAACUUUCUAUAUGUGCUUAUUCAUUUUAAAAUGUAUCGUUUGAUAAUUUAUCUUAUUACAUAAUUUGUUAAUUGAUUUAUCUUAAAUAAAAAUUGUAAAAUCA